AUGAGGGGCACUAUGCCGGGAGGAGUCCUGUGCUGCUUUCUGCUGGGUUGUCUCUUUCAGGAGACCUUUGGAAUCACCAGAAGAUACUACAUUGGUGCUGUGGAGAUGGACUGGGACUAUGUGCACAGCAGCUUGCUCUCUGUGCUGCAGGCACCAGCUGGAGCUUCAGGGGUCCAAGGCCAAAAGUCACCUAUGUCUGGCAUUUCCACUCGGUACAAGAAGGCGGUGUUUGUGGAAUAUACUGAUUCCUCGUUCACGCAAACUAAGCCCAAACCAGCCUGGAUGGGUCUCCUGGGCCCCACCAUCCGAGCUGAAGUCUAUGACACGGUGGUUGUUACCUUUAAGAAUCUGGCUUCCCGCCCUUUCAGCCUCCAUGCUGUGGGUGUGACAUACUGGAAAGCAUCAGAGGGGGCAGGGUAUAAGGAUGAGACCAGCCAGGCUGAGAAAGAAGAUGACGAGGUGAAUCCUGGUAAGACCCACACGUAUGUCUGGGAAAUCCUAGAAGACCAAGGACCAACAGAGUUUGACUCGUCAUGUCUGACCUACUCCUACUUCUCUUACACUGACAGCGUGAAGGACAUCAACUCUGGCUUGAUCGGAGCCCUGCUUGUCUGCAGGCCAGGAGCCCUGACCAAAGACGGAACCCAGGGCACGUUGCAAGAAUUCGUGCUGCUCUUCUCAGUGAUUGAUGAAGGGAAGAGCUGGUACCCAGAGCCCAACAACACAGGAACUCCUCUGCCCUUGGCUCAGCUGCACGCUAUCAACGGCUAUAUCAACGGCUCUCUGCCCGAUCUCCACUUGUGCCAGAAAAGACCAGUCUAUUGGCAUGUCAUUGGGCUGGGUACCGCCCCGGAAGUGCACUCUAUUUUCUUUGAGGGCCACACAUUCUUGGUGAGGAGCCACCGGCAUGCAACUUUAGAAAUCUCACCGGCCACCUUCCUCACGGCUCAGACCAUGCCCACCACCAGCGGCAGGUUCCUAAUGUUUUGUCAAAUCCCGGCCCACCAGCAAGCUGGCAUGGAAGCAUACAUCAGUGUGGAAGUCUGCCUGGAAGAGCCCAAGAUGAAGAUGAGGCUGGCCAUAGAUACACCAGAUGAAGACUAUUAUGAUGACAACUAUGAUCUGGACAACACAGUGAUUGUAUUUGAUGAGAGUGACUCUUCCCCCUCGAUUGGCGCACGCGCUUUUGCCAAGCAGGAGCCUGUGACCUGGACUCAUUACAUUGCAGCUGAGGAGGUGGAUUGGGACUAUGCCCCAAUAAUACCCACUUAUCUGGACAGAAGUUACACAAGUCAGUUUCUGGAAGCUGGUCCUCAGCGAAUUGGUUCAAAGUAUAAGAAGGUGAUGUUUGUGGAAUAUGAGGAUGGGACCUUUAAGAAGCGCAAGGUAUCAGAUCAACGUGACACAGGAAUUCUGGGACCUGUCCUUAAAGGAGAAGUUGGGGAUCAAUUUAUGAUUGUGUUCAAGAAUCUAGCAAGUCGGCCUUACAACAUCUACCCUCAUGGGCUCACCAGCAUAAGUUCCUAUCACCCAGUGAAGUCUUCUGAAGAUAAAGAUGUGAAGGAUAUACCUAUUGAGCCUGGCCAGUCAUUCAAGUACAGCUGGAAAGUGACGACUGAGGAUGGGCCGGCUGGCUCAGAUCCUCGCUGCCUGACCCAUUUCUACUACAGCUCCAUCAACCCAGUCCGAGACACGGCCUCGGGGCUAAUCGGCCCCCUCUUGAUCUGCUCUAAAGAAUCGAUGGAUCAGAGAGGGAAUCAGAUGAUGUCGGAUGAGACUAGGUUUGUGUUGUUUUCGGUCUUUGAUGAAAACCACAGCUGGUACCUGGCAGAAAAUAUACAGAGGUUCUGCACAGAUGCAGCUACUGUGAACCCCCAGGAUCCUGAAUUCUAUGCCUCAAAUGUUAUCCACAGUAUUAAUGGCUACGUCUUUGACAACCUGCACCUGAAACUUUGCCUGCAUCAAGUAGUGUACUGGUAUGUCUUAAGUGUCGGUGCCCAGACAGACUUCCUGUCUGUUUUCUUCUCUGGAAACACCUUCAAACACAACAUGGUCUUUAAGGACACGCUCACCCUCUUUCCACUUUCUGGAGAAACCGUCUUCAUGAGCAUGGAAAAGCCAGGCGUAUGGAUGCUGACAUGCCUGAAUCCUGACUUCAGAGACAGAGGAAUGUGGGCAAAGUUCACAGUCUCCAAGUGCAACACUGAUCCAGAACUGUAUUCCUAUGGGGAAGAUUAUGAUUUGAUACCGGAUUACUUGACAAAUGAGGGCAAUGUCCUUCAACCUAGGGGCUUCCCCAAGAAUAAGAGAUGGCGCAGACUGUGUCUGAGAAAGCAUCGUAAUGUCACUUCUUCCGAAAAGGAAACAGAGACGCUCAACCUCCAGCUAACAACCUGCUUGAGAAAACCCAGCCAGCCCCUCAAAUUCAGUAACAGACUUCAAAACAGCAGGAAGAAUUCCAUGGACCCCUCUUCCAACAGCACAUCAGUGCUGUCCGAUCUACAUGGCCUUUCCCUAUCUUCUCAAACAGAGACUAGCUUUGAGCCAAUAUCUUAUGAUUCCUUCUCAGAAGAGGCAGGAUUGUCAGAAAUGAUCAGCCCUGACCAAGGAUUUGGACACCCUUCUCCUGAAGGAAACUCAACAAGCUUAAGUGAAGUGGUCCAUCAUAACACAAGUUCAGCAAGAGCUGCAGCAUCUGGCUCAUAUCCAGAAGGAGAUACUCUCUUCUUUGGAAAGCGUAGACCAAUUCAAGCUGUAGAGAUGGCUAAAGAGAAUUUAGAGCUGCACAAGUCAGUAGACGAUGUGAUGUUCCAACUAACUGCUCCAUUGGCCAACUUAGAAAAAUUUCUUAAAGGGAAUGUUACUUUGGCACAAUUAAAAGAGUCAGCACGUGUGAUGGGCCAUCAGGAAUCUUCCUUUAAUGCUGAAGAAACUGGUCUUCAAGGGAAUGAUAGUUCACUGCAACUGAAUGACUCAAAACAUGAUUCUAGGUUUCAAGAAAGGAUUCCAUUACAUGAUGAAGAAAUGCCUCUAGAAUUGAAUAUUACAUCUUUAAAGCCACACAUACCACUGAAUGAUACAAUAGCUACAGAAAUGACUUCAUCAACUAAUGAUAACACUUUCCUUAAAGGGAAUAGUACUUCAGCAUCAUUAGACAAGUCAGCAGAUAACACAAGUAUACGUGUCAUCACCUAUGUGAACAGUGGGAAAGCAUUUCUUAAAAGCAAUGGUGCACCGAUACAGCUAGACACUAGGUUAGAAAAUGACACCAGGCUUCAAGAAGAGGCUUCACUGGGUCUUUAUGAAACUUCUCAAGAAGGAAAGUUAAAUAGCCCAGCAUAUGGUACCAUGCUUCAGGAGAACACAUCAGCUAAAAAUGGAGAAGUAUUCUUUGAAAAGACUGUAGAGAAGUCUUCAAAUGAUACAGGAAUUCAAAGGACCCCUGCACCACAUCAGAAAGAUCUUCUCCUUGGUAGGACUAACAUUGCACUGUUAGAUACCUAUGAUACAGCAGGUCUGAGACUUGCAGAAAACCGUCCAUUGGACCAUGAGACAGGACAGGAUAAAUCUGGUGAUGGUCUGGGUCUUUCAAAUGUAGAACACUCCUUGUCUGCAGAAAGUAGCAUCAGGCUAGCCCCAGAUAAACUUACCAAUGGUACAAGCCUUCUAAAAAAAACAUUUCUGGGCCGCAAUGACAUUUUUGCCACCAGCUAUGUUACUACACAAGAAAGCGAUGAAUUAAUACUGGGGACAAAGUUUCAAGAAGCUACAGAAAGCGAGGAAAUGUCUGAAAUGGAGAACAUUGACUUACUCAAAUUAAAUGUUAUGGCUAACGAGAGGCAGUUCGAAAAGGCCCCUUUACAAAGCAGCAAAGACACAUUUCUGAAACACAAGGUUACUGCGCUAAGUUUAGAUGGGCCAACAAAUGAAGACAACAGCUUAUUAGAUAAUGAGGAAGUUUAUCUCAACAGGAAAGUACCUCCAGCAGAGCUAGUGGACUUGAUAAAUGGUACAGGUCUCCUGGAGGCCAGUUCAUCAGACAAAGAAGGAACACUCCAUAAAGAUAAAAGAAUGGAGCUGGACUUGAACAGCUGGACCCCUGGGAAGCUAGUGCAAAGGACAGCUGACAAGCCCUGUGAUCAAAAAUCUCAAGGAUGCAGCACUUAUGUAAAAAAGAGGUCCUUGGAAUCACAUGGAACUUCACUGGAAGAAACAGAAGUGCAGCAAGGACUGGAGGAUAAAGCCAGAGCAUUGAAGGGAAGGCAUAACUCUGGCAAACAUACAGGAGGAAUCGGAGCUGUGCUCAGAGGCACUAUCAAGAUAAGUUACAAUAACAGAGCAAACCCCCUUGCUGCUAGGCCACUCUUGGUAGACACAACAGCAAGAGAUCAUGAAGCAACUGGCACUGAUAACCCCACAGGAUAUAUCAGGGGUGUGUCAGCUUCUCUUCCAUACCAUGCCAGCAGUCAUGACCCACCAGCAGUAGAGGGACACUAUGACAACCAAGGUGAAAGUGAUACAACUCAGAGAGGAGGUAACUCCUUUCUGAUGGUGGAAGAGUCAGAGGAGGAGAAAACUAGUGCUACCUCUGCCUAUUCAAGUGAGAAAACUACCAAAGAGGAACAGGAGGUAGGAACUGAGGCAGACACAAAGCCCACUGCAUCCGCAGAAGAGCAAAUAACGAGUAUGGUCCCCAUCUCAACACAGGUUGUGGGGCAAGUGAGUGGAAUUGAGACACCUGCAGUAACUGCAAUGCAGCGUAAAAGGGGUGUUGAUUGGGAGGCACAUUUGAGCUUGCAGCCCAAGGGAAAUGUGACAGAUGGGGAAGUGAGCACCUUGGACCAGCUGGAGCUGAAGGAAACAUGGAUCUUCGGUAAACUGCAGCAGGAGCUCAAAUCUAGUGCCAUUAAGGACCAAGUAUUAGGAACUGAAUCUAAGGAUUUUCCAGCAAGCAAAGAGGCCUCAGAGAUCCUGACAAAACAGGCCUCCAAAGGAAACUAUCCACUUCCCCAAGAUGGCGUGGCUCUCAACCAGACCCUUAAAGGGGACCAAUGGAAGCUGAAGCACAGCCACCAAGAAAAUCAAGUGUUUAAAAAGGAAGAUGCCAUUCCCCUCUCAGGUAGUAAAAUACAGACACCAGAAUGGAAGGAGGAGGUGCAGAGGGUAGAUGAGACACCGAGCAGCAGGGAAAGCAUCAGCAAAGCAAAGAACAGGAGCUCCACUCCUGGAUCUGAGGAAUAUUUUGACACCCCUAGAGAACCCAAUGCCCUAAACAACAUGGUCAAGUCCAACAUCUCAAUGCCCCAGAAGGAAAAAUCAGACUAUGAUGACUACAGCAAAUCCAAGGGAGACACUGAUGAGUUUGACAUCUAUGGGGAGGAGGACCAAGAUCUGCGCACCUUCACUGGGAGGGUCCAGCAGUAUUUCAUUGCAGCUGUCGAAGUGCUGUGGGAAUAUGAGAGCCAGAGACCCCAACACUUUCUAAAAGUGAAGGGCCCAAGUAGGGGCUGGAGGAAGCCCUUCCAGCCGUACAAGAAAGUGGUUUUCCGAGGGUACCUGGACAACUCUUUCACCCAGCCGCUGGCACGUGGGGAGCUGGAUGAGCACUUGGGAAUUCUGGGGCCAUACAUCAGGGCGGAAGUUGAUGAUGUCAUAAUGGUUAGCUUCAAGAACCUAGCUUCCAGGCCUUACUCCUUCCAUUCCAACCUCUUGCCCUACCAAGGAGGCCUGGGGGAAAACAACACACCCAGCCAGGAAGCGGUGCAGCCUGGCGAGCUCCGCGAGUACUCCUGGAAGGUGCUGCCCCAGAUGGCACCCACUGUCAAUGAGUUUGACUGCAAGGCUUGGGCUUACUUCUCCAGCGUUAACCUGGAGAAGGAUCUGCACUCUGGCCUAGUUGGGCCGCUGCUUAUCUGCCGCCCUGGCGUCUUGAGCCCUGCCUUCAGGAGGCAGCUGGCGGUGCAGGAGUUCUCUCUGCUCUUCACUAUCUUCGAUGAGACCAAAAGCUGGUAUCUCGCCGAGAACAUGGAGAGGAACUGCCCACCCCUCUGCCAGAUCCAGCCGGACGAUCCUGAUUUUAGAAGGAGCAGCUACUUCCAUGCUAUCAAUGGUUACGUGAUGGACGCACUGCCUGGGCUGGUGAUGGCUCAGCACCAAAAGGUGCGAUGGUACCUGCUGAAUGUGGGCGACACUGAGGACAUCCACUCAGUCUAUUUUCACGGGCAACAGUUUGCCAUCAGGACGAACCACGAGUAUCGAAUGGGAGUCUACAACCUCUAUCCUGGUGUCUUUGGGACGGUGGAAAUGCGCCCCUCCCACCCAGGAAUCUGGCGAGUGGAGUGUGAGGUUGGAGAGCACCAGCAGGCUGGAAUGAGUGCCCUGUUCCUUGUGUAUGACCCGAAGUGCCAAAACUCUCUUGGCCUGGCUUCUGGGAACAUUGCGGAUGCUCAGAUCACAGCAUCGGGGCAGUACGGUCAAUGGGCGCCUAGGCUGGCUCGGUUAGAUUAUUCGGGGUCUGUCAAUGCUUGGAGCACUGACAGCGGCAACUCCUGGAUUCAGGUGGAUCUGCUGCGUCCCAUGAUCCUUCACGGCAUAAAGACCCAGGGGGCCCGGCAAAAGCUCUCCAGCCUCUACAUCUCCCAGUUCAUCAUCUUCUAUGGCCUUGAUGGGGAGAGAUGGAAGAGAUACAAGGGGAACGCCACCAGCUCCCAGAUGGUGUUCUUUGGGAAUGUGGAUGCAACGGAGGUGAAAGAUAAUCGUUUCAACCCGCCAAUCAUAGCCCGGUAUAUCCGCCUCCACCCCACACACUACAGCAUUCGGACCACUCUGCGCAUGGAACUCAUUGGCUGUGAUCUGAACAGCUGCUCUAUGCCCUUAGGAAUGGAGAACAAAAGUAUCUCCAACCAGCAGAUCUCUGCCUCCUCCUACAGCGAGAACAUGUUCUCCAGCUGGGCUCCCUCCCAAGCCCGACUUAACCUGCAGGAGAGGAGUAAUGCCUGGAAGCCAAAGGUGAACAGCCCCAAUGAGUGGCUGCAGGUGGACUUUGAGAAGAUCAUGAGGGUCACUGGAAUUGUAACCCAGGGCGCCAAAAACAUCUUCAGUAACAUGUUUGUGAAGGAGUUUGCUGUCUCCAGCAGUCAGGAUGGCUCGUGCUGGACUCCAGUUCUCCAGGAUGGUGAGGAGAAGGAGUCCGCAGGUCCUGGCUGGCAGACUACAUGGACGAUCUCUGGAUCCAUAUCCGUGGGUCCUUCCCCCGGGCAGCUCUGUACAUCUUCCCCCUUGCCUUGGGGAUCAUGCUCCUUCUCUGUUGCAUCACGGUUCUUUUGGACUGAAGAGACCAGAGGAACUUCCAGACAUGUCUAUGUCCUCUCAGUCCAGCGACGAGAUGCCAGUUGGGCCGAGGUCCACAUGGCCCCACUGAAGGAAGCCUCCCCAGGAAGUUCUAGGUGUUUGUGUUCCACAGAUAGGAGAUCAGUCUGUGCUGUUACUUAUUUCCUUUUCACACUGGUGGUUUUAUCUUAA